AUGGCCCGGCCUGAGGUGCUGGCCUCAGAUCAGUUGGUGCCCGACACCUACCUGACCCUGAUGGGUGUGAGCGGGACCCCAUUUGAGGUAGCUGUGGUCCGGCUAAAGACGCAGAUGUCGGCAAGAUACGCCACGACAAAACUCUCCAUCCCCCUCACCCCCUCCACAGAGCCGCGGCCCAGGAGAUAAUGUGGCCUCCUGCAGCCCUGCCCCGAGCAGCGUCUCACCUUCCGCCUGGUCAGCGGUGCCGCCAAUGUCAUCGGGCCCAAGAUCUGCCUGGAGGAUGAAAUGCUAAUGAGCCAUGUGAAGAACAAUGUGGGGCGGGGCCUGAACAUGGCCCUGGUGAAUGGGGUCAAUGGGGAGCUCAUUGAUGCCAGGUUCUUCGACAUGUGGGCUGGAGAUGUCAACGAGCUGCUGAAGUUCAUUCGGAUGCUGCACGAGGGAACCCUGGUGUUCGUGGCCUCAUACGACGACCCAGCCACCAAGUGGGGCUCUGCCCCCCGGAUGAACAAAGAGACGUGGAGGAUUUUCAGCGAGCUUGGCAGCAGUGUGGCCAAGGAGCUUGGAUUCCGUGACAGCUGGGUCUUCAUGGAGGUCAAGGGGGUGCAGGACAAAAGCCCCUUCGAGCAGGUGAAGAGUUAA